AUGAAGAAUGGUGAGAAAGCAGAAACAACUAUAAAGUUCAAUGUUGGAGGAAAGCUAUAUGAGGUUUCCAAGUCCUUGUUGCAGCGUUUUCCGAAUACCCUAUUGACUCGGAAUGCUUGGGUAGACGCAAGUUCUACAAAUCCUACCGCAAGUCCUAUUUUCAUUGACCGUGAUCCCGAUCGUUUCGCCUAUUGUCUUGACUACAUGCGAGAUGGUGGACGAUUGUAUCUACCAGAGACAAUUGCGAAAUCUUCGAUUCUACAAGACCUCCACUUUCUCGGUUUUGAUGAUAUUGAUGAAUCUUUGAUCGAUGACCAAGCGGCGAGGAAAGGCUCGUGUGCUCGACACAACGACAUGGUUUUGACAACUCACCAUAAUGUUGCCACUAUGCAACAGGAACUUGAGAAUUUCAAGAUGAAACUCCGCCUCGAAAAGAUUGCAUUGAUUUGCUUUCGGAAAAGCAUGGAAAGUAUUGAAAAUGAGGUGACGGUGCAAUCCCCGUGGAUCUACCGUGGCGAGGAAGUUGAAAAUCCAAUUUCGUCUGAUAUUGAGGGAGCCGAGUAUUUCUGUGAAUGCUGUGACAAGCUUGGAAUGGAUGUUGUGGAAUGCCACCUUGGUUUUGUUCGGUUCCGAAAGCAUACAGCUUGCGCCGCUCGUCUAGCAGCAGUGUAA